AUGGCUGAUGACUACCAGGCUGUUUUCCUGACCGACUCUAGCUGUUCCCCGCCAACCGAAAAGCUGGAGCUGCCGUCGAUUUCGCAGGUCCACACCAGAGGUCCUGCCGAUCUUCCUUGGUAUAACCACCACGCCGCGGAGAGACCGCUGUUGUCUGGUGAUAAACUCCCCGCGCUGAGUUUACCGACAGCCUCGCAGCCGCCUGUCUCGGCCCAGUCCUACCGGACGAGCUGGGAAGACCCCGGUUCCAACAACGUGAGCGCACGCACAAGCCUGUCAGGAUCCGCGCCUGUCGUCAACGAACCCCGAAGCCCGCCGCCGUGUGCCGAUCUCUCGGCUGGUGGUCAGGGCCGACUCUCCUUGGAUUCCUCCGCGCCGCAGGAGUACGCCAUCUCGCAAACCCCCGUCGGUGACAGCUACUAUCCGAACCCGACCCCGCUCGGCAGCAUGAACCAAACGCAGCCCUACAUGGAUGUUCACUCGUCACAUCUGUCGUCCGCCCAGGCGUACGGGUCGCAGGCCGCCACCGCCGGUGGCAUGCCGCACUAUCAUCAGUACCACCAGCAACCGUCGGUGCUGCAGCCGGCCUCGACCACCUACGGACCGGCCAGUUCAUACACGCAGUAUGCCUACCCGCAUAGUGUGGCCUCGUCUCAACCGGGUCCCCCGAGCUCCAUGAGCAGCCAGGUUCCCCCUCAAUUACUCCCUCUUCCGGGAGUCGCAAGCCACGCGGUGGCACCGCCUGGUUACCCAAGCCACUCGGGCCCUCCGAUUCAAGGCUAUGUCACCGACACCACAGGCCAGGGGGCUCCCCCGGGGGCCAAGCCGCGCGUGACGGCCACCCUGUGGGAAGAUGAAGGCAGUCUCUGCUAUCAGGUGGAGGCCAAGGGUGUCUGUGUUGCCCGACGUGAAGACAACCAUAUGAUCAACGGCACCAAGCUGCUCAACGUCGCCGGCAUGACGAGAGGCCGUCGGGAUGGGAUCCUGAAGAGCGAGAAGAUCCGUCAUGUUGUCAAGAUCGGGCCGAUGCACCUCAAGGGGGUGUGGAUCCCGUUCGAACGGGCGCUGGAAUUCGCCAACAAGGAGAAGAUCACCGACCUGUUGUAUCCGUUGUUCGUUCACAACAUCGGCGGGCUUCUCUACCACCCGACGAACCAGACGCGCACGAACCUGGUGGUGCAAGAAUCACAGCAGCGACGGUUGGAAGGGCCAGCCGCCCGGGCUUCCCAGGGCCCCCAGCCGCCGUUGCACCAUCAUCACUCGCUUCAAACCCCCGUUCCGUCUCACAUGCCGCAGCCUCACACCGUUUCCUCUCAGCACGGCGGUCGCCCAUCGCUGGACCGUGGCCACACCGUCCUUACACCCCCCGCCAGUGCCUCGGGCGUUAUUGGCCUUCCGAACCAAGGGAGCUCUUACGAAUGGGGCAACCAGGGCAUGAAUUCCGGCGUCCCCCACUCCCAGCCGUUGUCCAUCGAUACGACGCUCAGCAACGGCCGGUCUAUCUCCACGCCGGCGACCACCCCGCCGGGGUCGAACCUGGGGGGCAUGCCGUCCUUCCAGGGCCAGCCCGGGUAUGACAGCGCCAAAUCGUACUACUCCGCGGCGCCCCCGUCCCACGCCCAGUAUGCUCCGCACCAGCCCAUUGCCCAGCCGGCGAUGUCUCCCUAUGGCCAGAUGCCCAGCGGGUACCUCAAGAACGACAUGGGCCCGCCGUCGGGCCGUGCCUCGGGCGGACAGCCGGAACCAGAGCCGGCUGAUGUCAAGCCCGAGCGGUACUCGCAGACCAACGGGCACAUCGGCGGGGAACCGGUCCCCGAGCACGAAUCCGACUACGUCCAGCAGGACAAUUCGGGCUACCACGCCAGCCGGGGGUCGUACACGUACACCACGAACCCAUCCCUGGGCAGCCUGACGGGCGACCACCCCCAAAUGACUCCGGAAUUGACCGGCUCCCCGUCGCAGCAGAACGGCUCGGGGCGGAUGACUCCUAGGACUAGCGGAGCUCCUCCGCAGUGGGCGUCGGGCUACAAUACGCCUCCUCGGCCAGCGGCAGCCAGCAGCCUGUAUAACAUCGUCAGCGACACCCGAGGAACCUCAGCCAAUGGAACUUCCCUCGACAACUACUCGGUCGCCUCCAAUCCCGCACCAAGCUAUUCCACGGGACUCAACACCUCUUUGGGAUCGAACAAGCGGAUGCGCGAAGACGACGAUGUCGACCGCAUCCCGCGACCGGACAGCCGUGGCACCGAGUACGACGGCAAGCGCCGGAAGACGAUCACCGAGUCGCCGGUCGGUGGUCCCGUCGGCAGCCUUCCCCCAGGAUUGCAACCCAUGAAAGCGGGAGGUGUGAUGUCUCGCCGGAGAUAG